UCAACCAAAGCCAAUGACCCCUCGGUCCAAUUCAUUGGCUUCGUUCCCUUCAUAUAUUGACUUACCGUUCCCUCUUUCUCCCUCACUUCACAUCUCUACUACAAAUUUUCAGAAGCAUACACCAACAAAAAAACUAUCCACUUUUCGAUAAAGGAUACAACAUCCUAGAUAGUAUAGUGUUGGCCAAGUAAGAAAAAAAUAAGUAAUGAAAGAAGAGAACAGUACGAGUAGGGCAUGCGAGCGGUGCAAGACGUUCGGAGAGAAGUGUAACCACAAAGUGAAGAAACAGAGAGGCAAAUUUUACAUCCUUGCCCGUUGUAUCGCCAUGCUAGUCUGCGGGCGUGAGCGUGACCACGACCGAGACCGUGUUUCGAUUUAGACUUUACCUUAUGCUUUUUCUUUUUUCUUUUAUUGCCCUUCUUUAUUUCUGUUCUUUUGGGAUUUGCCCUUUUCACUUGUCCCUCUAGUAUCAAACAUUUGAACUAGGGUUGCUAUUUAAGUUAUAUAUACACAUGAAUAUAUGAAAUUGAUGUAAUGCAUUUGUAGAAGUGCUUGAUUGAUUAUGUAUUUCGUCUGGCUU